CACUGUCGCGCAGAUACUCUUGCAACGAGAUUAUACAUAUCUGUCCCAACCCACCACUGGAGCUUUAGUCAUUCAAAUACGUCCGAGUUGUUCACAUCGCUUAACUAGUUUCAGCGCGUCGAGUGCAUCGAGUGCAUAAUUCCCACUUCCGGUCAAUUAAGCAAACGCGGCGACGAUGAUGGAACCGUUGGACGCGAUCAUCACCGUGGUGAUGAUCGGUUUGGCCGCCUAUCUAUACCUGAACAGGCUGCACUCGUACUGGGCGGACAGAGAUGUACCCUAUGUGAGUCCGGAUUUCUUCUACGGUAACUCCAGAACCUUGGGUCGCACGGAACAAUUCGCUGUUAUGUUGCAACGGUUCUACAACGAGCUGAAAGGAUCGAAUCCCUUCGGAGGAAUUUACAUGUUUAUGAAACCGGUGGCGAUAGUGACGGAUUUGGAACUGUUGAAGUGUAUCUUCGUGAAGGAUUUCGAAAAUUUCCAUGACCGAGGAACUUAUUUCAACGAAAAGCACGAUCCGUUGUCAGCGAAUAUGUUCAACCUGGCCGGAAACAGGUGGAAGGAACUGAGGCACAAGCUCUCACCCACAUUCACCUCGGGUAAAAUGAAAAUGAUGUUCCCAACGAUUGUGGCCGCGGGGAAGCAGUUGAACGAGUUUCUAGAGGAAAUGGUUGAGCACGAAAAGGAGAUCGAGAUGAAGGACUUGUUUGCACGAUACACGACGGACGUGAUUGGUACGUGUGCCUUCGGGAUCGAAUGCAACUCUCUGAAGGAUCCCAACGCUUCCUUCCGCGUGAUGGGGCGGAGGAUCUUCUCGACGCCAAGUGGGAGGGUUAAAAGAUUCUUGAUGUCUUCGGUGCCAAAGAUUGCCAAGGUUUUGGGAGUGAAAGGAAUCGAUUCACAGGUUACGAACUUUUUCGCUGGAGUCACUCGGGAAACUAUCGACUAUCGGUUGAAGAAUAACGUUAAGCGGAACGACUUUAUGGAUUUGCUGAUGCAGUUGAGAAACCCAGACGAAGAAAAAAGUGGAGAGGGAUUGCUGUCGUUUAACGAGAUUGCCGCCCAAGCGUUUAUAUUCUUCUUGGCUGGUUUUGAGACGAGCUCAACCCUGUUGACCUGGACGUUAUACGAACUUGCGUUAAAUCAAGACGUUCAAGAAAAAGGACGACAGCACGUUGUGAGUGUUUUGGCUAACAAUAAAGGAGAGAUGACAUAUGAAUCUGUACUUAGCAUGAAGUAUUUGGAUCAAAUAUUGAACGAGGCCCUCCGGAAGUAUCCUCCCGUGCCGGUUCAUUUUCGGGUGACAUCUAAAGACUACCAGGUUCCCAAUUCCAAAUCAACCCUCGAAGCCGGAACUCGCAUCUUCAUACCGGUGUACGGAAUCCAUCACGAUCCGGAUGUGUUUCCCGAGCCGGAGAAGUUUGACCCCGAACGGUACACUCCCGAGGAGGAAGCGAAGCGGCACCCUUACGCGUGGACACCAUUCGGUGAGGGACCGAGGAUUUGCGUAGGACUCCGUUUCGGGAUGAUGCAGGCUCGCAUCGGUCUCGCGUAUAUGUUGAAGAAUUUUAAAUUUUCAAUCGGGGAAAAAUGCGAGGUGCCUUUGCAGUUUGAUGUCAAAAGUUUCAUACUAGCCCCGAAAGGAGGGCUGUGGUUGAGAGUGGAGAAGAUUUAGAAUAUCACUGCGUGGGUGUGGGUCUUGGGGUAGAUUCCCGUACCUGUGCACAUAUUUAUUAAUUUUUAUUGUUUUAUAGCUAUAUUUCAAGAUGUUAUGGUCAUCGAUCGAUUCUCCUCAUCACAAAUAGUCCGAAAUUAAACUAUGAUUGUGCUUUUCACAGAAUCAUAAAAAUUUAAAAAUUGUAGUGACCACUGAAACACUGAACUUUGAUAACUAUGGAAUUUCAUUUAGAACACUAAGCUUAAGAGCCAGUAUAAUAUCCCGGUAGAAGACAAAUGAAGCAAGGGAUAGAAAGCAGUUGCUUGAUAAUAUAUUUCUGUACGUUUAUUCUAUUGCUGAAAACAUGCUGAAUUAUGUUGUGGACAUUAUAAGGUGUUAUUUUUGGUUUGUUUGGUAAUUUUUGAUGAUAUUAAAUUGAAGAACUAAGUACUCCAAUAUUUUUAACUAAACAAAGACCUAAAGUCCCAAUAGAAACGGUGAAAAAAUCCAUUUGAUAGUUAUCCUUUUUUAGUGUGAACCCUUAUUACCUUUACCCAAAAUAACGAAAUAUUGUGAAUUUAAUUGUGGUGACUGUCAAUGAUCAAUGUCGAUGUCAAUGAUAAUGAUUUCAAUUUUUAAAUAUUUUCAAAAAAAAGUUUCCAUAUUUUCAAAUAACAGCAUUUAUAAGCUACGGAUUUUUUUUACUGUUACAAUUUUAUUUAUAUUAAUAAUUAUGUAUUUUAUUUAUAUGAACACUUUUAUUCACUUUAUUCAGUGCCACGUAACGAGAUAACACAAGUCAAGCACGAUAAAAGAAGACCACGAGCCGCAAUGCCGUCUCGUUAAUAUUAUCUAAUUGUGCUUACCUAUGUUUACCUUACCUAAUCUGACUGGUGCGGUGUAUGGCGAGGCACGUCGCUUCUAUUUGGAUAAUUCAUCAAGUAGUAUUUUUUUGACUACUGGAAAGCCGUCUCGGUUUGUUGAAUCCAAAUUUGUAUCAAAUCUAACAAACAUCAAUGUAGGUUUGGAAGCAGUUUCAGGUUUCUACGAUGGGGAUGUGCGAGAACUUGAAAACGAAUACAGAUAGAAAUGAUGUAACUGUUACUGAAAACAUACAUGUGCAGAUUUCGGUGCUUUGAUGCCAUUCUUACUAUAUCUCACUCCUUGGCAACCGUCGAUCGUUUUCUGAUACAAUCAUCAACAACGCUUUGUUUAUAAAUCGACUCAGUAAGGACACGAUGAACCCAACAUGAAUUCUAAACAAUUGAUUAAACUGUGUAGUUAGCUCAAUUUUUAGCAACUGAUACUAAGCAGCCUUAGAACGUGUAUAAGCAUCGUCAAAAAAAUGAGUAAUUUAGAGCUUUUGACGAAAAAUUUUUUUUUAUGUAAAUAAAACAAUUUUUAGGUGCAA